GCCCCGUAGCCCUCGGUGUGUGUGUUGUUGUUGAAGCGAUGAUGGCGGCAGCGGGAUGCGGAUCAGCAACCGCGGCUGCCGUAGGAGGCCAGGGCGGCACUGUUCCUGCCAGAGGACGUUUUCCCGGUCGGCCGUGGUCGUCUCGCACUCGUUUGCGCUCAGAGAAGCGAUGGCAACUUGGGCGAUCAGGCUUAGAGGCUGAUGAUGUGACAAAUGGAGGCCAAAGGCCCCCAAACCUGGUCCUGUCGUUAAACGAAGACCAGUCCCACUUGCGCUUACUGGGGCUAGAAGCGAGCCAUAAGAGCCUUGGCCAGGCUGGAUACAGCUCUAGUGGGAGCGAAGAGGUGAGGUCCCAAACCCACCCAGGAGUGGAUGAUUUCAAAGGCUUUGAACCUGAGAAAAGGGGUUCAAAAACAUCCAGACAAAACCCUUUAAAAGGUGAGGGCAUCAAAUCGAAAAGUCAAAUGGAGGAGGUACCUGUUUCAGCCACAGUGGAUACAGAGGCUUCCCCUUGUGACAUUUCUGAAGAUGACAAAGACUUGGUCCCAAUACUAAGUCCAUCUUCUCAAACAGAACCUGCUAAAGACUGUAAAAAAGGAUCUAAACGAAAAAACACUAAAGACCGCCAGUCCACUAAAAAUGCAGCAUCAGCGCCAAGGAUUACUAUAAAAUUAGUGGCCAAAAAGAAAACAAAAACUGUUAGAGAGCUUCACAAACACUCUAUAAAGAAGUCGAAAGAAAAAGAACUUCAGAAUCAACCUGAAGCAAAGGACCUACUGGAUGAGCAGAUUUCAAGCGCUCAUGUAAAAUUAAAAGUGGAACCCCUUGAUGACAAAAAUGACAUGGUCGAUAGGGCCGAAGGGAGCACACAAGUGAGGAGGCGUGGUCGAUCCGCUGCCAAGCCAGUACAAACUGCAAAUAACAUCACCAAAGCUGUGGCUAGUGAACAACAAACACUAUCCAUGAAUCCAAUUGAAAUUACGAGUGAUUGUGCAGCCGCAGACCUAAAAGCAACAACAGUCAAACACCAAGACAAUGUCACAGAGUCCAGUUCAAAUGGUCGUCAACCUGGUACUCGAAGAAGCACUAGAGUAAAAAAUCCACUUACAAAAAAUGUCUCAGAUAGUGCAACUCAAUCAGUUAGCUUGGGCAGCACAGAGGCUGUUUCAACUGAUACAAAGUUAAAUGAAGAGAUCAAACCAACAACGCAGAAUAACAAUAAUCGAAGGCAAAGUAAAAGGCUAAAUAAGGAUUUUCAAAAUCAAGAUAUCCAGGAUCCAUUAACUGCAAAAUUGGGUGACAUCACUUUGCAGCCUACUGACUGUCUCCAGUCUUUUCAGGAUGCUGAAAAUACAGUUCCAAAAUUAAAGUUAGUACGUAUAAAAAAUCCCAAGUAUGAAGCACAGUCCAGUGAAAAGAAUAUAACUCGAAAAAAGAAAAAAAGGAAGAAGUACAUUUGGACUCUGGCAUUAGUGAAAACAGUUCAGACCACGCCAAUUGAAAAUGCAGUCAAAGUAACAGAAAAAAAUGAGGUUAGUGAUGACACUGGUGUAAGCAAAAGUUUGAAACGAAGAAGUAAAAAGUCAACACUGGAUAAAUCAAACUCUCAAAAGAGUAAGGACAAAGAACCCAGUGAGAAAGGUUCCCCAAAUCAAAAUGAAGGCACUGAAAUUAAACCCUCUCCAAAAGUGUCAUUGGAGGAGGUUGUAAUUGAAAAAGAAAAGGAAACAUUAAAUCAAGAGAUCUCUAAGUCAGACUGUGGGAAAAUUCCACCUCUACAAAUUAAAAAGGUGUCAUCUCCUGGUAAAAAUAAAAGUUCAAAGCCAUCAUUUCUCAUACAACAAGUUAGUCCGGGGCCUGAAAAGAAAGAAGAUGUGCCUAAAGAUGCAAAUGAAGGCAGUGUAGAUAAGCAAACACCUGUGGAAGAAAAAGUGGCACCUACCAGAAGGUUGAGAAGGAGGACAUCAAGUGUGGAAGCGGCACAAACAAUGCCUAUUAACCAAAAGCCAGAGACACCUCCAAAAAGAAGAGCAAGGGCAAAUGCACAGGAAAAAGAGAGCCCUCAAAAACCAACUGUAGAUGUAUCUCAGGUUUCAGCGGAGGAUUCAAGCACACAUGUUCUUCCCGAAAAGACUUGUCAAGAUUUGACUGCAGAAUCUGCUGAGUUAAUGCGUGUAGACCCUUCUGAAAAUGCUGACAAAAAUGCCUCACAAAUCUGUGAUACUGCAGAACAAGUGCCAGAUAAAGAUUCUCCACCCAACAUGGAGAAAGAAACAGAACCACUUUCUAAUGAGGUCAAACCAUUGCCUGUGCCUUUAAAAUCUAAACCUAGACGAUGUAGAAAUGUUGUUACAGGUAAAAGGAGGUGUGUGCAAAGGAAGAAAAAGAUUGUUACAUCUGUUCAGGCAACCCCAGAGAUGUUCACUGACACUGUAUCGGCCAUAGUAGAAAGUGUAAUCUCUGAAGCUCUUCAAAAAGGCUGCCAGCCGUUAUUAACAGAGGACACCCCGUUUGAAACAAAGGAUUGUACUCACACUGAAGUAAUACAGGAAAGUACAGCAUUAGAAAAAAGUCCACAACAGACACCAAUGUCUGUUAAAGAAGAAAAUGAAAUUCAAUUAAUUGAUAAUUCGCUGUCUGUGGUCUCAAAUCAAGGUAAAAAAAUGUUAAGCUCUAAAAAGAAGUCCAUAAAAAAAUUAAAGAAGAGGCGCAAGAGUUUGAUUGGACAGCGACAGAAGCCCAAGCCCCGAAACAGAAAUGGGAAAUUUGCACCUGAACCCUCUGGGAGUACAGUUAAUGCAGAAACUAGUAAAAUUUCCAAAAAGUUAGCCAUUCGUACGUCUGCCUCCAUCAACAAACUCACUGGGGUGAAUAAAAAGUUUAAAAAACGGCCACAAAGUCUUCACAUUUCACAGUCUAAAAGAUCUAAAGCAGCUAAAAUCAUUUCAAAGCUCAUGGAAAUGGAAGAAGCCAGCUUAAAGCAGGAGGAGAGUGACACAUUAGUUGAUGCUUCACAUGGAGAUGUAACUGAGGCCCAACCUGGAAAAUCCAAAUUUGUUAAAAAUAUUAAACAUUUCAUAAUGCCUGUUGUAAGUGCCAGAUCUUCACGCGUGAUAAAGACCCCACAGAGAUUUAUGGAUGAUGCAGGAAUGUCAGUAUUGCCUCGCCGGCACUCUCCAAAGAAAGGAUUACAAUUGGGUUUACAGACGCCAGUGCCACCAGUGAAAAGAAGAGAGGACGAUAUUGUCAGAGCAAUAUCCCCAAUCCUUCCUCUUGAUGAUGACUUCUUGAGUGAAGCACAAUUGGAUGUUGAUCUGUUUUCAGCACAGGAACUAGAAGACGCCACAUGCAUAUCUGACAGCCUUUUCUCAGAGAAGAAAAGUGGGAAAAAUGAGAAGACAAGUUUCUUAAAGAAUUCUAGUUUCAAAUGGCACAUGCCAGAUGAGUUUGGUGAGAGUAUCUAUACACUGGACAAAGCACAAGAGAACAAGUGUGAAGACCUGCUUUUAUUUUCUCCAGUGUCCCCAGAAGCACCUGCUGACCUCCCAGAAGCCCAGAAAAAGAAAUGUUCUCUCAAAGCAAGCAAACACACCGAUCACCUCAAGAUUUAUCAGAAACUUAAAAAGCUUAACACAGGGCAUCCAAAGACUAAAGAAUUGGAUGGUGCAAGCAAACCACCUCAGGCACCUGUUGAUUUGGCCGAAGGACUGGAUGAUGAGGUGAUGAGUAUCAGCUUAAGGCAGCGGCAUACAGAUGUGGAGAAGGAGAAACCUAAACUCAAGAUAGAAGAUCUCAAUACUCCAGGGGUUGUGAGAAAAGUCUGUAUAAAAAAUCUAAAUUUUAAAACGGUUACAAAAAUGUCAGAAAAGGAACCAACCAAAAGUCACCAAGAUGAGAGAAAGCAGACUUCACCUGUUGAUGAAGGGGAUCCUGCAGCCAUUGAAAAGGGAGGCACACAAAAACCACGUCUCUCUGGGGCAAAUAAAAGGAUGUUCAAUCUCCUUAAGAAAGCCAAGGUUCAGCUUAUCAAAAUUGACCAACAAAAACAACUCAAAACAACCACACUUUUGUCAGCUCCGUCCGCCCCCAGACCUAGAGAUGUGACAGCAAAGAGACAAAGGAGGAGGCAGAAGGUUCAAUCUGUCCCUGAGGUUCCAGUCAAGACCGAGCCCCAACAAGUACAGGUGCCUGUCACCUCACCUCUGUGUCAGGAGUUCCGUCAUGCUGGAGGUCCUCGUAUCAAACACGUGUGUCGGGCUGCCUCUGUGGUGCUGGGCCAGCCUCGGGCUCUGGUACCUGAUGACAUUCCCAGACUGAGUGCUUUGCCUCUCCAUGAAAGAACUGGUAUUUCCCCUUCUACAGACACUAAAGAUAACGGGUCUCCAUCAGAAUCAGACAGUCCUGGGGCAUCAGAUCAGAAGGUCACAAAAGUGAAGAAAGUGUCCAAUCUGGUCAAACGGAAAGGGCUCGGACCAUUUGGUUAUCGCUCUCGGAGAUGUGGAGUAUGCAAAGGCUGCAACCAUGAGGAUGACUGUGGGGAAUGUAUUAACUGCCUGGACAAACCUAAGUUUGGUGGUCCCAACACCAAGCGACAAUGUUGUGUGUAUAAGCGAUGUGAUCAAAUUGAAGAAAGGAAAGCACGUAGAAUUAGUGGAAGAACAGUCCCCAAAGGUGCCUCCAAGCGACGGCGUGCCUCUUUAAGUGCUGGUUGUUCUAGUAAUGAUGAAGGGGGAGAGUGCACUGCAGACUCACCAUCAGGUCAGGCUGGUGGUAACAGUCCAUCUGUUCGGAAGCAGCCAAAACGUGUUGUGAAGCCCAAAGUUUACUUCGACCUGGUCGACUAUGAGUCUGAUGGAGACAUUAAAGGUGUCUCCAACGCUGUUUCUCCCGCCAGGAGAAGAGGCGCUGGACCUCGUUUCAAUGAAGAUUUUGUUUCAUUAGACGGAUUCUUGGGAGACAUCUCAGAUGAUGAAGUUAGGCAUCGGAAGUCUAGUACACAUCGUGUUCCAAGUGGAAAACGUAAACCUGAAAAGGGAUCGUUAGAGGAGACUCCUCCCAGUGUACUCGCUGCCUUGGCUCAUGGGUUUGAAAAAACUGACAGAGAGUUGACAAAGCCUACUCACAAGAUCAGGGUUGACUUCAAGGAGGACUGUACCUUGGAGAAUGUGUGGAACACUGGUGGCCUGAGUGUCCUUACCUCUGCACCCCUCACACCCCCUUAUGCGUGCUUCCUCUGUGCCAGUAAAGGACAGCAUGAGAUGCUGUACUGCCAAGUAUGUUGUGAGCCCUUCCACCAGUUUUGCCUUGACCCCUCAGAGAGGCCCUCCAAUGAUAAUAAGGAAAACUGGUGCUGUCGCCGAUGCAAGUUCUGCCAUGUGUGUGGCCGCAAAAACAAACACUCAAAGCCUUUGUUGGAAUGUGAGCGUUGCCAGAACUGUUAUCAUGCUUCCUGUUUGGGACCAAACUAUCCAAAACUAAAUAAAAAGAGGAAAUCUUGGGUUUGCAUGACGUGUAUAAGAUGUAAAAGUUGUGGAGUCACACCUGGAAAGAGUUGGGACACAGAGUGGAACCAUGAUAAAGGCCUCUGCCCCGAGUGUUCCAAACUAUAUGAACAGGGUAACUACUGUCCAAUUUGUUUCAAAUGCUAUGAAGACAAUGACUAUGAUAGUCAGAUGAUGCAAUGUGGCACUUGUAAUCACUGGGUUCAUGCAAAGUGUGAAGAUCUAACAGAUGAACUGUAUGAGAUUCUGUCGAGCCUGCCAGAGAGUGUGGUGUACUCAUGUCGGCCCUGCAGCGUGACGCAGCCAAGCGCCUGGAGGGAGCUGCUGUACAUCGAGCUCCGGUCCGGCAUAGAGAAGGUUCUGGCCUGUUUGCUCUCCUCCACCCUCACACAGCACCUAGUCACCUGCUCACAGUGUGAAAAGUUGGUUGACCCUGAUCGUGGCAUUGAAGGACAGCCUGCCUGUGACCUCCGAGCUGUGGGAAAGAAGUUUGACAAAGGCCUUUAUACUACUCUGAAAAUGUUUCAUGAAGAUGUAGUCCAAAUGGUGAGGAAGAGAGUGCAGCAAGAGGAAGAUCUUCCAGAGGAGCAAAGGCCCACAGCUCUGGCACGUUCUUACUACUUAAAGCUCCUUGAGGAAGUUUUCAAUUGGUUUAAUGGUCAAGACCCAAAGGUGUGGAACCCAUCUACCAAAGACUUGCCAUUGGGAAUGUUGUCCAAUGCUGUGCAUCCGCCUACAACAGAACAUGUCUAUGCUCAAUGGCAAGAGAGAGAAGCACAGUCUAGGGUCCCUCUAGGACGCUUACAGGAAGAUGAUGGACAAAAUCUGUGUAUAAAAGAAGAGCCUUCUACCACAGUAUCAGAGGAUCCAAUUAAUCAUUUCAAAUCUAGCAGGAUGGCAAGGCUGAAAUUAAAAGGAAAAAGGGGUCGACUGUCCAAAGCAGAUUUAGACACUGGAUGGACAGAGGAAGAUAACAGACAGUGCUCUUUGUGUCAGAAAUAUGGAGAUCUUAAGCCAAAUGAGGCAGGGAGGCUGCUGUAUCUGGGGCAGAAUGAGUGGGCCCAUGUUAACUGCUGUCUGUGGUCAGCUGAGGUUUUUGAAGAAGACUAUGGGUCUUUACUCCAUGUGCACAGCGCUGUCACCAGAGGCCGACUAAUGCGAUGUGAGCGCUGCAACAAAACCGGUGCUACAGUGGGAUGCUGUCUAACCUCAUGUCAAAGCAACUAUCACUUUAUGUGCGCCCGCUCCCGUCAAUGUGUGUUCCAAGAUGACAAGAAGGUCUAUUGCUAUAAACACAGGCAUCUCAUCAGUGGCAAAAUGGUAACUGGCCAGGAGUUUGAAGUGAAGCGCCGGGUGUAUGUGGAUUUUGAGGGCAUCAUGCUGCGCAGAAAGUUUCUUACGGGAGUGGAACCUGAGUUAAUUAAUGUUAUGAUAGGUUCUUUACACAUUGACAAACUUGGUGUGCUAACUGAACUAUCUGCCCGAAAGGGGAGGCUGUUUCCUGUUGGAUUUCAAUCUUCACGCUGGUACUGGAGCACUGUGAAUCCACACAGGCGGUGCAAAUACACAUGCACAGUUAAAGAGGUGAGGCCCCUUGUUCCUGAAAAACCUGUUGAGGAGAUGCCUGACCAGGGAGACAAUCAAACCAUUGCCCACAGCCCCUGCCCACUCCAAGAACCUCAAGAUCUUCCAGUUAAUGCAGCAAACCGGCAGUCUAGCAUCCGAGAAGCCAGCGCACCUGUUCCCACCCAAAAGGCAGACCAUGCAAGCAGGCCAAAAAUGCCCAGAAGGCCAGCUGGAGGCAUGUUCCGCCCCCUGCCAUGUCCAGGUGUAACUCCAUUGAAGCCGCAUCACAUUUUAACCAUAAGUGAUCUUGAUGAGACCCGGAAACCACGUCGCCACAGUCCACACUCUCAAACCCCUGGUCUUCAUGGUCACAUCUCUCCCCCUUUGCCUGGACCGAUCACCCUGCGCUCCGGGAAGUCCUCUCAACCCUCAUCUCCUCUGUUCCCUCUUAGUGCAGCUGAAACCUCUCCCUCGCCACGUCCUGGAGGCGGUAGAAAUGCUUCCUCUCUGCGACACCAUAGUAACGCAGUGCCACAUGGUACUUCAUCCUUUUUCGCCCAGUCAUCAUGGCAAGACAACGAGCCCAGCUUCCCUUCUUCCAGUCUCUCAUUCUCUCCAACGAUACCGCAUUUACCCAGGAGCAGACUGUCGUUCGACUUGAGCCAGCCAGACUCCGCGGAGGUACCACACAACUUCUUGGCUUCACCAGAGCCUGAAGAUCUCUCUCCUACUCCAAAAGGUGAUUCAGAGCAACAAAAAGAUGUAGAGGAUUUUCCUUUCAAUUCAUUUCACAAGGAUUCUAUCAUAACUUUGAGUCAGGAUAUGAGGACUGAGCUGGAAAUCGAAGAAACACUCCUCAAUGAAGGUGUCGCUAUGAAUUGUGGAGGACAGAUAGUGGUGGAGGGUGAUGAUCCUGAGGGGUUUUGGGAGGGAACUCAAGAGAUGCAUAAAAGAAAAGGUCUGGUUGUUGCCAAUCUUCCUCAUUCAUCUGCUUCAACAAGAGAUGACUUUGGAAACAGCUCAUCUGAUGAUGACAUGGAGCACUAUUUUGACUUCUCGCGGACAAUUGUAACUCGUACUGGAUCUAAAGACCAUUGCAAGCCUCCUUCCUCUUCCUCUAAAACUAUGGCUCAGCUGGACGGAAUAGAUGAUGGGACUGAAAGUGAUGCAAGUAUUGCCACUAAUGAAAAUUCUGUGAAUGAUGAAGAAUCUGGUAAAAAAGCAACAAAAAUCCAAAAGACUAAAAAUGUUCCUGAAUCCGAGCCUGAAAAGAAAGUUGAUCCCAUUCCUGAUUCUUUUACUACAUCUUCACAAAAGCCGAUAGAUUCAUCAUUGUCUCCCAUUUCAAUUGCAAUAAGUUCAAGUUGCCCACAACAAAAUUGCCAUAAUUCCUCCAAGAAUACUUGUUCGUCUAGCAAAGAACAACACUCCAAGACUCCAUUAGAAAUUGAAGAUACUAUACAUUCUCACCUACAAAGCAAUCUUCCAAAUGUAACAAGAAAAGGGCAUGAGGCAUCAAAUUUGAAAGAACUUUUCCAGAGUUCAAACUUUGGACUUACCUCAGAAGCGAGAUUGAUACUUGAAAAAUGUGACAGUGCCCCACAUCAGCAAACUGAUGUUCGUAAUCUGAAGGUUUUAGAGACUGAGCCUGCAAAUCUCGUCUCACCUGUGGAAUCUGAAGAACAGAAAAUGGAAAAGUCUUUAGAUACUCCACUACCUCCACCUCCAACAUCCCAAACCCCAACAACGCACACAACAUCGUUGCAAAUUCUCCCUAAUCCUUUGCCAGUCUACUCCUGUUUGCCAACUAUCAACCAGCCCCAACUGACAAUUCAGCCUGUAACGUCUCCACAGGAGAUAACAAGCACCCAGCCAGUGGACUCCGUGCCCUCUAAACUGACCGCUCUCACUCCCGUUGAUGUAACGCAAUCUUUACUAAAUGUUGUCCCUCAGCCGGACCCUGUGUUGUCCUCAUCUACUCCCUUUUUGCCAACGGCAUCUACAGCAACUGUCUCUGUCCCCAUGUACCCUGCUCAAACACAGCCUAUGUGCUCCCCAGCUUUGACCAUAGUUUCCUCCUCAGCCACACUGGCUUCAGCUCCUGUGUCACUCCACACCACCACAGCUCCGGUCAUUUUGAAUGGCUACAGCACCACAUCUCUGCAGAAAGAGUCUACAGCCGGUCACACUAUCUCCAUUAACUUCUCUGCACCACGACCAGCACUGGAACCUCAGCAAACAGUGCUGCCCCAAGCUUUACCUGGACAUGCCAUUCUAACAGUGAAGGAAGUGGGAGGUCCAAAUGUAGACCCCACUCCUCAUGUCCUCCUUGUUAAUCGUCUUGGCCAAAUAUUUGUGAAAAACCCAGAGAGCAACACCUUUCAACUUCCAACUCCGAACUCUCCUUCUUUUAACUGUGUAACACAGAUCGCCAGUCUUUUACAAAGUAAUGCUUUGUCUGCUACUUUAGCUGCCGCUGGGGGCAUGCCUGUCCCUUCCCCGGCUGCAAACAUGGCUGCAGCCACGGUCCCUACAGUUCAAAACCCAACUACAAUUACUCAGCUUCUUGCUCACAGCGGGAAUGGUGCUGUCCCAUCAGUUAGCACAAAGAAACCAAGAAAAAAUGCAAAAACUCCAAAAGAUGAGGGUGUUCCAGAGUCCAAAAAGCCAAAGAAGAAGAAAGAACCAAGUUCAUCCAAAAAAUCCAUGUCUGCCAACCUUCCUGAGAAUCCUCCCAUGACGCCAGCUGAAAGUGCAGAGGCCAUCAUUAACCAAGCCAUGGCCAGUAACUACACCCCAAAGUGGAGCGGUCUCCGUUCCCUAAGCCCAUCUUCUCUUGUUUUACCCCCUGGUCUGUUAAUUGAACCAGAGCCCCCAGCAUCUCCGCCGUCUUCUCCACCUGCAUCUGCACCCGCCCCUGCUCCUACACCCCGCCCCCGCACCCAUGUGCGCAUGAAGAGGGUGUCAUCUCUGUCAGAUCGAAUCGUCACCAAGAAAUCCAAAGUGGACUUUCUUCCACCAGAAGCCCCCAGUGAAACUGAUGAACGCCGGAAACCAAGCAUCUCAAAUCGCAAUUCUGGCGUCCGAAUCAAAACUCCAACAGUGAAAGGAAUCCUGAACCUCGAUGAGCUAAAGGAGGAGCAACUGAGCGAUUCUGAGAGCUCAGGGUCUGAGCUCUGGAAUCACAUGUCUAGAGGUGAACAAGGAAAACAUCAGCCUGGGGAGCUAGUAGAACACAGCACUGUGAGCGACUGGAAGAAGUACUCAGGAGCUUCUUCAGGGUCAGAGGACGAAUCUCCACCAUCAGAUGAGGAAGAGGAAUGUCCAAAUAACAAGGACCAGCCACAUCUUAAAUUUGAGAUCAAGAGUGAUGAUGGUUUUAGUGUUGAAGCAGACAGUAUUGAGGUGGCUUGGAAGGCAGUUAUUGACGGGGUGCAGGAAGCACGAGCCAUUGCACGACUGCGGCCUCUGACCUUUCAGAAGAUUACUGGAGACCACAUGUUGGGCUUUGUCCACGACACAGUGGUGUUUUUGCUCGAGCAACUACAUGGAGCUCACCACUGUCAGAAACAUGCCUUCCGCUUUUUUAAACAGUUCUCCCAAGAAGACGACCUACCAGUGAACCCCACCGGCUGUGCCCGCUCUGAGCUCUAUGUCAGAAAGUCAACGUUUGAUAUGUUCAACUUCCUGGCAUCACAGCACAGACAACUCCCAGACAUAGAUCUUUAUGAUGAUGAAGAAGAUGAAGUUCUUCUCAAAUCCACGAGACGGGCCACCAGCCUGGAGUUGCCAAUGGCGAUGCGCUUUAGACAUCUCGAAAGAACCUCCAAAGAGGCUGUGGGCGUUUACAGGUCUGCUAUCCAUGGCCGAGGCCUUUUCUGCAAGAGGAAUAUUGAAGCUGGAGAGAUGGUUAUUGAAUAUGCAGGCAUCGUCAUCCGAUCAGUGCUUACAGACAAAAGAGAAAAGUACUAUGAUGGCAAGGGUAUUGGAUGUUACAUGUUCCGCAUAGAUGACUUUGAUGUUGUGGAUGCCACCAUGCAUGGAAAUGCGGCAAGAUUCAUCAAUCACUCCUGUGAACCCAACUGCUACUCCAGAGUGAUCAACGUGGAGGGUCGGAAGCACAUUGUCAUCUUUGCUUUAAGGAAGAUCUACAGAGGAGAGGAGCUCACUUACGACUACAAAUUUCCAAUUGAAGAUGCCAGCAACAAACUCAACUGCAACUGUGGGGCACGGAGAUGUCGGCGCUUCCUUAACUGAGCAUUUUCACACAAAGAAGAAUGGAUUGUCUUUGCCUUAAAUUAAAAUGGCACUGACUGUGGCUCAGUGAUGUGGGAGGAGAGUCACACAAACACAGGGGUUUGCCACUAUAUGAGCGGACCAUAACAUCAGGACCAGGACCAGUCCACCUUUGUCCAGGAUGAUCUGGGGCUUUGUUUUGGAUCAGCGAGACACCACACUAUAAUUAUGGCUGCAACAUUUUUCUUUCAAAACACACGUCAAGCCUUACCCAUUUGUAUCAUUGCUAAAUCCUAGUUAUUCUAGGUUUUGAGAUUCCUUUUGGGUCGUUUUCUAAUUGUUCACUUGUAAUCAUGAUUGCUCCAUCUUCAGUGGUGGGAUUUUUGGGCCCCAUCUGUGCAGUCUUACCAUGAGCCAUAAUUUCACCUUUUACUUUUACUUUAGUUUUUUAUCUGCAAAUUAAUGUCUCCUGUGGUGAUUUAUUUUUAGAUUUUUCUAUGGUGCUAAGUUUUGAAAGGCUGUCGCUUUAAUUUAUUUGAUUAAUAUUUCCGUUUUACAAGGAACAGUUCCUUCCUAUCAAACUGACAUCUACAGUUUAUGCACUCAAGUCUAUUUUUGUCAUGUCUGCUCAGUUUGAAGUCUCUAAGUGUGGGCAGUUUUGUGCCUACAUUUUCCCUUGAUGCAUAAAAAUACAUUAUUAUGAUGUAACGGUUUCAUUAGCAAUUACUAAUUUCGCACUUGUAAAGACAGACAAGUGUUUUUCAAACUUUUCUUUGGUUGAUGUACAGUGUAUGUAGCAAAUACAGUACUACCAAGCCAAACAUGAAAAGUUAACAAAAUAGUUUUUAAAUCUAUUUUAUUACUAUUAGGGCAAAUGCUUAUUACCUAUUGCAAUAAGACUGCAGUUGCACAUACUCAAGACACACAGGUUUUAAGUUUUCUUUUUAUUUUCUUUUUAUUUUAGUGAAAGUGCUACAGUCUCUUAUCAGGGAGAGCACAGUUAAACGCAUGGCCACUGGGUGUAUGCAUAGAGCUUCUGCACCAAGCUUGUUUCUAAUUGUUGCUUUUCUGGGGCGUGUCUAGAAUCCUGUACUGGAGCUGCGUGGUACACAGCACCUUAAAGAUGUUGAUGUUGUUCUUAGAUGUUCAGUGCUGUCACCAUGAAGCAGAUUCACUGUUUAUAUGGAUAGUUCUAUUUAUUCCUGAUUUAUAUUAACAGUAAAUGUGUGCAUUGUAUAAAA